GGCUCGUGCGACGUGGAACCAAAUUAAUUGCCAAACGUUGUCAGGUCCAUCAACACGUAUGUAACGAAGCAUGGUCUGCCAGCUGUAUUGGAGCGCGAAUAUGGUUCUUCAUUGGCUUGAUCGACCUCGUUAUAUGUAAGUACUACAACGAGGCAUGAAAUUCAAGACCUCGUGCGUACCGGCCUGUGUAUUGUGCACUGACAAUGAAGCUCGUUACUCUGCUUGGGCUCCCCUUCGCGGCUGCUCUCGCUAGCGCUGUAUCCUUCAAGGGCUGCCAGAACAAGGUGAAAGAGAGUAUUCACGGUCCACCGCGUGGGUGGUACAAGCAUGCUCCCGUGCCCAAACACCACAUGCUCGAGCUCAAAAUCGCUCUUCCUCAGCCCAAGUUCCCGGAACUUGAGCAGCACCUCUGGGAAAUAAGCGAUCCGAGUCAUGCACGUUAUGGGGCGUACCUGUCGAAGCAGGAGACGGAAGAACUCAUGGCUCCCCACCCUGAGACUCUGGACGUCGUCAGCGAAUGGCUUGCCUUACACGGUCUGGCGGAAGAAGAUAUUAUCCGUUCGGCUGCAAGAGAUUGGGUUACUAUUCGUGUGCCAGUGGGCCUCGCAGAAGAGAUGCUGGAUACUACUUACCAUGUUUACAAGCACGCUGAGACCGGCGAGAACAUCGUCCGGACCACAAGCUACAGUCUCCCUGAAAUCUUGCACGACCAUGUUGAUCUUAUUCAGCCUACGACCAUGUUCGCUCGUUUCAAGGCGUUCACGAGCACGCUGCACCGUACUAAUAAGGUGCAGCCUGCGGUCUUGAGCACGUCCAGUGGAACGAUCACGGGGCCUGCAGGCAAUCCGGUUGAUGCAAGUUGCACGGACACGAUCACCGUCUCGUGCUUGCGGCAGCUGUAUAAUGCAGUAGACUAUAAAUCAAACGCCACAAACGGCAACAAGAUGGGUCUUACUGGUUAUCUGGGCCAGUAUGUCAAUAAUCUGGACCUUCAGCAAUUCUACCAGCAAGAGAACCCUUCUGCAUACGGUUCAAACUACACCUUUAUUUCCGUUAACGGUGGACUGAACAACCAGAGUUAUGACGCGGCAGGUCUUGAGGCCAACCUCGACUCUCAGUAUGGUUUCGGACUCUCAUGGCCCACUCCCGGAACGUUCUACUCGACUGGUGGCGAACCCCCUUACAUUCCAGACACUUUAACGCUGACUAAUACAAACGAGCCAUACUCAUAUUGGCUUGACUUUGUUCUUUCGCAGGAUACACUUCCUCAGACGAUCUCUACCAGCUACGGUGAUGAUGAACAGACUGUCCCAUACACCUACGCGGCCCGUGUUUGUGCCGGUAUGGCGUCUCUCGGUGCUCGCGGAGUCUCUCUGUUGUUUUCCUCUGGUGAUCAUGGUGUUGGUGAUAAUGAUAGCGACCCUGCUUCACAGAUGUGCUUUACCAAUGACGGCCGCAACGCUAUAACAUUCCUGCCUAGUUUCCCCGCUUCCUGCCCAUUCGUGACUGCUGUUGGUGGUACCACCAACAUCCCAGAGGUUCCCGCGUUCUUCUCUGGUGGUGGUUUCAGCAACUAUUUUGCUCGUCCUGCGUACCAAAUAGCCGCUGUAUCGGCGUACUUGGAGAAGCUCGCUCCCGGAACUUACAAAGGUCUCUACAACUGCGCCGGACGUGGAUAUCCUGACGUGGCAGCACAAUCAACUAACUUCGGUGUCAUUUAUCAAGGCGAGGGGAAUUCAGUCGAUGGUACAUCCUGUGCCGCGCCCACAUUCGCCGCGUUGGUGUCCAUGCUGAACGACGCACGCAUUAAUGCUCAAAAGGCUCCUCUCGGCUUUCUCAAUCCUUUCUUAUAUUCCACUGGCCACAAGGCAUUGAACGAUAUCACCAAGGGGAACAACCCAGGAUGUGGAACUGAGGGCUUCAAUGCCACUGUUGGAUGGGAUCCUGUCACUGGAUACGGCACACCCAACUUCAACAAAUUGAAAGACUUGGUCUUGUCCAUGCCUUAGAUAUAGAGUAU